AUGCCCGAACUUUCCGAGAUGCACGACAGCACAACAACAGCCGCAAAUGUAUGGGACACUGAAGCCAUUAUCACAGAAAUAGCCGCAUUACGCGUACGAGAAGACGCAGCCGGCGCAGCCGCGCAUGCCGCGGGUAUAGCUGAUGCGACUUUGAUGGUGAGGAGUCUGAGGGGAAUGGUGGCGGCCGACGCACAGACUGUACAACGCCUACCCGAGAUUGAGGAUCCGGACUUGACGGUCCGUACCGUAUGCCUUGACGACGAAAAUGUGGACACAACUCGGCUCCGCCUUCCGUGUGGCCAUGUGUUUCAUCCGGGGUGUGUGAAACAGUGGUUCACAGUCGCGAAUUCGUGCCCGCUGUGUAAGGCGCGCUUGCCGGCGGCGGCGGUGCUGCUAACGCCAGUGGUGGAUGAAAAUAACUUACAGAUUGAUCUAAUCCCGACUGGGAUUGACAACUGGUACAUGCUUUGAAAAUAAUAUCAUGA